UAGCUCCUGGCUGCUAAGCCUGGCAACGAAAGGCAGGCGACAGAGUUGAGGCGGUCUUUGUGGGCUGGUGGAGCGGCAGUGGUGCAGCAGACACCGCCUGGGCAGGAAGACCCCAUAGUCUCUGAGAUCAGAGGUGAUGGUGCAGCACAAGAGGUGGGUGUGGUCGGUGGUGUUGACGGGGGCCCUGGUGGCCCUCGUGGCCCCUCUCCAGCUGCUCGACAACUCUGCAGAGGACCUCGAGGAGCUCCCUGUCGCCCGGGUUGCUCGUCAGGCCGGACGCCCUCAAGCAGGAGGCGGCGGGAGCUGCACCUGUGUCCCCUUGGUCGUGUGCGUCGCUGAACUAAACCAGCUGCAGCAGACCUGUACGACGACUGGGCGAGAACCUGGAGUCUGCUGUCCUGCCUCUGCUGUUCAAACACGAGCGUCUCCCGUGAACGUGAGGCUUUUCACCGGCCCCAGCGAGAGUGUCAGCUUAAGUACGCUGGAUUCCAACAGGUUGUCUAGUGCUCUGGACAAGGGAGAGAACUCUUUCAAUAACAUUCAAGAAAUCGAGCGGAACCUUAUCGACCAGUCGCUGAUUCUGCCGCUGCUCACUCCCGCUGGUCAGCAUCUGCACUUCUUCACGAUCCCCGAUGAGGCGAAAGCGAUGGACCGUAGGGCCACGGCUAUUAUCUUCGGAUCUACGCAGAUACUUGACGACUUUGACUUAACACCGCGACAGGCAGGCUUUGGUCUGAGGAACUUGGCUGUGAGCAACACAGAUAUGAGAGACUUGUGCCCACAGAACCCGACCUGCACCCCCAACAGCAAGUACCGUACUGCUGAUGGCUCGUGCAACAACCUGGCGAACCCAACCUGGGGCAUGAGCAACACUCCCACUCAGAGGAUCUUACCACCAACUUACGACGAUGGUGUUUACGCGCCUCGCACCAGAGCAGUCGACGGCUCGCCUCUCCCCAACGUUCGUCAAAUUAGCAGCAACGUUUUUGUGGAUGUUAAUCGGCCAGAUGAGGCUCACACCUUAACAUUAAUGCAGUGGGGACAGUUCCUCGACCACGAUUUUGCUCAUGUACCUUUCCCUACAAUGGAAAAUGGAAUGGGUAUUCAGUGUUGUCCAAAUGGAACAAUGGCACCCACUCUUCAUCCUCGGUGUUUCCCCAUCGACACCACAGGCGACCCGUUCUACGGCCCUCGAGGCAGCAGGUGCAUGAACUUCAUCAGGAGUAUGUUGGCUGUCGGUCCCGGCCCCGCCUGUAACUUCGGCUACGCUCAGCAGCUGAACCAGAUAACACAUUGGAUAGAUGCCUCCAAUGUGUAUGGGUCCACCCCCAACCAGCAGCGGGCCAUCAGAUCGUUCAGGAACGGUCUCCUUCUAACCUCCGGGAACAACCUCCUGCCCAUUAACCCCAACCAGAACACCUCGAUCGUUUGUCGGGCAGAGGAGCGUGGCGCCCUUUGCUACCUGGCAGGUGACUCACGAGCGAACCAACACCCUCACAUCACUGCUAUACAAAUUCUGUUCUUGAGGGAACACAACCGCGUGGCGAGGGAGCUCCAGGCCCUCAACCCCCAGUGGUCGGACGAGGCCGUCUUCCAGGAGACCCGCAGGAUCGUCGCUGCCAUCAUCCAGCACAUUACCUACAACGAGUUUCUUCCCAUUGUCUUGGGAGAAAAUUUCAUGAGAUCGUUCGGCAUCGAUCCACGCCUCUCUGGCUACGUCAAUAACUAUAGGCCCGACAUCAACCCCAACAUGAACAUUGAAUUUUCCACGGCUGCCUACCGGUUUGGUCACUCCAUGGCGCAGGGAACCUUGCGGUUGUUUACUGCUAAUGGCGGCGUGGACACCGUCCGGCUCCGCGACCACUUCAACUCUCCUAAUCUCAUCCAGAUUGAGGGCCGACUGGACGACAUUGUUCGCAGCUUCACUCAACUUGCCUCUCAGAGGUUUGACGCCUUCGUUGUACAGGACCUCACAAACCAUCUGUUCCAGACCGCCAGGUUUACCUUCGGCUUGGACCUGCCCAGUCUGAACAUGCAGCGCGGGCGGGACCACGGCAUCGCCACCUACAACAGCAUGCGGGAGGCGUGUCGUCUGCCACGAGCCCGAAGCUUUAACGACUUCGCUGACCAGAUGAGUCCUCAGGCCAUACAAAAACUGGCCAGAAUCUACAAGAGCGUUGAUGAUGUUGACUUAUUUGCGGGAGGUCUCUCUGAGACUCCGAUACCCGGGAGUCUCCUGGGCUGGACCUUCCUGUGUGUGGUGGGAGACCAGUUCGCUCGCCUCAAGUUUGCUGACCGUUACUUCUACGACCUCGGAGGACAGCCAGGCUCCUUCACUGAACCCCAGCUGCAGCAGAUCCGUCGGUCAUCCUGGGCCAGGAUCAUGUGUGACAACUCUAACAUUGGAGCCUCUCAGCCCCUCGCCUUCAGGCUGACGUCUCACCGACUUAACCAGCCAGUGCCUUGCAACAGCCCCAUAAUCCCGCGCCUCAACUUUGCCCCGUGGAGGGGCGAGAGGCCUGCUGCCUAGUUCAUCUGAUGGAUCCUGUCGCUCAUCUGAUGGGUGCUGAAGCUCUCCUCAAGGGUUCUGGUAUUAUGAGGAGGGUCUUCUAGCGCUUCUGAUGGGCCCCUUACUCUAGGCCCUCUGGUGCCACUUGUUUCUCAUUGAUCUUCAGUAUUUUGUUCUACUCUGUGUACUUGUCGAGUAGUCUAUGUUGUCUUGAAUUAGUGUAAGUUUCAGUGUUAUUGUGUCCAUGUUUAUACAUAUAAUUCACAGAUGCAGACAUAUAUUCUUAUGUAAAUCAAUAUAUAUUCAUGAGGUGAUUUUUGGUGGUUUUCCACACGCACGCACGCACUCGCGCGCGCGCACACACACACACACACACACACACACACACACACACACACACACACACACACACACACACACACACACACACACACA